AUGGCGCCGUUUUCAACCGCCCUCGCGGCGCUCCUUCUCGCCGCCCUCCUCCCAGCAACCGCGCUCCCCCACCACCACCAGCCCGCGGCGCCAUCACCCCGGCAGUCGCCAACCCCGUCGGCGUCGACGGCGGUCUGCACAGACGGGGCGACGAUCCCGAACCUGUGGUCGGUGCACGACCUGCACAUCGCGUACUCGCACGAGGGGCUGUCGGCGGGGGGCAACGCGUCGUUCGCGGUGACGGACACGCGGACCAACACGACCGAGGCGGUGUGGUGCGCGCUGCGGCUCAACUACCAGUGCCAGGUCGACGGCACGCCCGGCAACAAGAACCUCAGCAUCUGGAUGCAGCUCAACCUGGCCGCCUACUUCACCUUCUCGCUGGCCCAGGCCUGCGCUGGCGGCACCAAGGCCGAGGUGUACGGCAAGGCCGAGCUGAUGCUCGUGUGCCAGGGCGAGACCCUCGAGCAGGGCAUGACGUGCGCCGGCGACGGAGAGCCCGCGUUUGUCAAUGCCACCGUUGCCACGGAUUGGCCGCAGGGGUUUCCCUGA